UGGUCCCAGUAUGCCAGAAGCGGAAGCAAGAGAAAGGCUUGUGAUAUCACAAUGGGAUGAUUGUUUCAAGACGGCAGUGCACACGAUCCAAUCUGAGUGCUCUCAGAACAGAGAGCUCGAUCUUCCAUCUCGCGUUCGAGCAUCCAUCUCAAUGACCUUAUGCGAGAUCACUACAACCGAGAGACUAUCUGUCCCUUUGGAGUGUCAGGAAUACCGGAACGAAGCCCACUAUACUUUCAGUGAUAAGCGGCUGUCGAAAAUUGAUACUGUGCAGUCUCAAUGCGUCGAAGCACUUUCUCGCAGUGCACAACUCUGGACAAGCUACUCGGGCUACCUCCGUGAAAUACCGCAGCUUUGCUUCGCUUUUGGUACCUGGAAUGAAGUUGAUAUCGCUAAGUCACUGUACAGGAAUGCAACUAUCGAGAUUUCAGCACUUCUUGCAGUCUUACGACGAGAUGCCGACCGAAUGGCUCUCGCUGCUGAGGAGAUAUCUAAGUCGACUGGGAUAUUUGGUUCAUUGUCCUCUGCUUUGGAGCAAACAUCCAUCACGCUUGAUCGCUCUGCCAAUCAAUUCCGCAACACACUGUACGAGACGUGGGACGAGCUCCGGGAAAUGCUACAUGUUGCCUCACACAAGUUUCAUCACGAGAUGCAACAACAUCGCUCCGAGGUCGUGUCAACUGUUUCGCUCGAGUUUCAAUCGUCCUUUGUGGAGGUAAACGACGACUCUUCAUACCCUCCAGGAAACCGACAUGAUCUUAGCAUGACGAAAAAUUUACGGGCAUCUUGAUCACCAUACAACGGGCCAUUGAUGACUACAAA